AUGUCGUCCAACAAAACCUUUCGAACUAAGCGUGCUCUUGCCAAGGCCCAGCUUGCAAAUCGACCCAUUCCUCAGUGGUUUCGAUUGAAGAGUGAUUCUAAGAUCACUUACAACGCCAAGCGUCGUCACUGGCGCCGAACAAAACUUAACCUCUAG